AUGGGUUAUGCCGCCUGGCGCAUCAACUGGCCUGCGCUGGUGCAGUCGUUUCUGACGGGCCCAGGCCGGACAUCGCGGGUGCUGCUCCUGCUCUUCAUCGUCUUCAACUGGAAGACGCUUCCACUUGCGUGGACUUAUCGCAUCUUCUAUGCCAUGCUCUACCACAUGGUGUUCCGCAAAUCACAAAAACUCGGCCCCCGUGCCCUUUUCAAGCCUAUGAUCUCCGAUACCAAAGCAGCGCUGCUGGAGAUCGAUUACAACCUCCACAAAUCAAACUCAACCUACUUCGCCGACCUCGACAUCUCACGAACACACCUGUGUGCCUACCUCCUGCGGGACUCCAUCCGCAGCAUGUCCAACAACCAGAAGACAAGGCUUGUUAUUGACCCGCGCACUGGUAAGCCUGUCAAGGGCAACUUUGCCAUUGCUCUUGGCUCCGUCAUGUGCACCUUCAAGAAAGAGAUUUCACCAUAUCAGUCAUACGAGAUUUGGAGUCGCGUAGCUGCCUGGGACCGCAAGUGGCUCUACAUUGUCAGCUACUUUAUGCCCAAGGGCGUUGCCAGACCUACCGAGUGGCUGGAUCCGCAUUUCCGCCGCAUCCGGACCAGAGACCACAAAGAUGCUACCAGCGGCUGGGAGAAGAAGAUUCAUGCCACCGCCAUGAGCAAAUACGUCUUCAAGGUCGGACGCUUGACCGUUCACCCUGCCAUCGUGCUUAGAGAGGCCGGCUUGCUACCUCCACGACCUGGCGGAUGGCAGACUGGUGAGAAUCAAGUGGGCGACGAGGCGGCAGACCUUAGCGAUGUGAACCUGGCAGCUGAGGGCGAGUGGGACUGGCGUCGAGUCGAGGCUCAGCGCCGCGAAGGCAUGAAGCUGGCUGGGCAGUUCCACGCCCUGGAUGGACUCCAUGAUACGUUUGACGGCGGCAACUUUGGUGCUCUGGCCCGAUUCGGACCUGGCUAA